AUGAAUUCACUAAUACCCAGACUAUUUAACACUACUACUGCUCGUGCAGCUUCUUUCAAUAUGAUGAGAUCCACAACAUCGAUGACGAUAAUGUCAAGAAGAGCAUACCAUCCAAAAGUUAUUGAACACUACACAAAUCCAAGAAAUGUCGGUUCGCUAGAUAAAAAAUCAAAGGAUGUAGGGACAGGGAUCGUUGGGGCUCCUGCUUGUGGAGAUGUUAUCAAAUUACAAAUUCAGGUCGAUGAUAAGACUGGCAUAAUUGAAAACGUCAAGUUUAAGACGUUUGGUUGCGGUUCGGCUAUUGCUUCUUCGUCAUAUAUGACUGAAUUGGUUCAUGGUAUGUCCAUCGAUGAUGCUGCAAAGAUUAAAAAUACGGAAAUCGCUAAAGAAUUAUCUUUACCUCCUGUGAAACUACACUGCUCGAUGUUAGCUGAAGAUGCAAUUAAAGCAGCUAUUAAAGAUUAUAAGACUAAGAGAAAUUCUACCGUUCUGCAUUAA